AUGAAAACCAAUUAUCGUAAAACUUCUUUUGGGUAAAACAGUAUCUCAUAAAAUUCUGAUACUUAACAAGAUGUGGAAUUAGAAGAGAUUGAUAUGACUAAAAUGAAUCACUAUAUUUAUUAUCAAUCUCUCAACGCAUAACAAACUUAGAUUGAAUAAAUCGAUGGAGAAUUAUUCAUCUAAGAUGUUUUGCAUACUAUAAUUCAUAAGACUAUCAAAAUAGCUGCAGACAAUCAACUUAAUAGAAAGAUUCCACCUACAACUGCUACUUCAUCAUUAUAAUUAAUCCUUUUACCUCUAAUACAAUAGUUUAAUAGACCUGAAGAUCCCAAGCCAGACUAUAAAACUGGUGGAUUUUGUGAAGAUUAUGAACCUGUAAACCAAAUUUAUAUUGCAAGCCUCAUAUAUUAAGAGAAUAGUGGUUGACAGCAAAUAUGAUAGUAGAAUAGUAUUAAGCACCAUCAUUCCAUAGAUAAUUAACAACAGCUUAAACUUUAGUUAGAUCUAAGUUAAAUGUAUAAUGAAUGAUAAUAAAAGGAUUAAACUUAAAUAUAAAAGGAAAAGAAAUAAUUAGAUCCAAUGCCAAUUGAUCUUGAUGAUCAACUUGAUAUUAGUAUAACAGAGGAAUAACUUCGAACAGCUAAAGAAAAAUAGAUAUUGGAACGUUAAUAAUUAUUAGAAUAGGAGAAGAAAAGAAAAUUGAAAUUAGAACAAGAAGAGUAACUGAAAUACGAAAUUAUUGCUAAAGACAAGAAGUCUAAAUAAUUUACAUAUGAUUAUGAUGGUAAAUUAAUACCUGUUAUAGCAACUAAAUUAACUAAAUUACCACCACCAACAUCUACUUUAGGGUAAUAGAAUUAUUUAUCAUAUAGAUCUAAAUUUGAAGAAGAAAUCACAAUGAAACCUACACAAAAGAAAAAACAAUAUAUUAAACCAAUUACAUAAGGUAAGAAAAAUGAGGAAGAAAAAGAGAUAUUUAAAUUUAAUUAAUUAGCUCCAUUAGUAAUUGAGAAUAUGAAUUUAUAAUCAGGAGUUACAAUCAUUUAUGAAGGUCGUUAAAAAGAAGGAGUUAAAUCUCAUACUAUUGAUAUGAAUAAUAUGAGUAAUCCAAAUUUAAGGAUGGCAAGACUUGAAUAUUUAGGAUUAACAUAAAUUAUGAAUUCUAAUAGAAGUUAAAUGAAUAAUUUAACUAUUAAAGCUGAAGAUAAAGAAAUUAAGUAAGCUUCAACAAGUUUCAAUUAUGAAAAAUUAAAACGAUUCACUAAACAGUCUCAUACAGGACAAGGAUAAAUCAAGUAAAAUAUUAUCUUUUAUACAUUUUUAGAAUUAAUUCUACUAAAAUUUAUGAUUAAUUAGCUUCCACUUUAUUUGAAGAAGAAGAAUUUAUGACUGCCAGUCCAAAUAAAAGAUCAUAAGAAAACACUUAAAAAUUAUAAAAAACUCCUAUGGAUUAAUUUAAUCUUUCUUUAUAUAAGAAUACUUCUUUACAAAAAGAUGCUUAAUAUACAAAUACUUAUUCUAAAUUGAUUACAAAUAAGGCUAUUGAUAAGUUUAUUAUAAUUUUAUAUAAUAGAGAUUUGAAGUAAACAUUAGGAAAUAUGAGUAAAAGACCUAGAGAACGUAAGUUUUAUUCAGAAGGGACUACUUUACCUAGCGUUAGAAGUCAACGUGUCUUAUAUUAAAUUUGA